AUGUUAAAGAGCAGCAAAUUGGUUCUUCUGGUACUCACCCUGUUGAACCUUGCAGUGAGUAAAAAGACGAAAAGCUCUUCGCUUUACCAUUUCUUGGGCACAUUCAAUGACCACCUAGGGAAGAAUCAUGACCUGCUUCUUACACCGUACAAGCAUAGAAAGAGAGUAGAGGCAACUGGGGUGCCAAAACGUAAGUUUACAAAAUAUCACAAAAAGUAUGGCAAAAAUGUACUCCACGAAAGU